AUGAUUCAUACACAGAAAAUACAGCUGAGUGAUGAUAUAUUGAGAAAAUUUAGGGCUUGUAGAGUAUUCAAAGAUGCAAUUUGCCCUAUAGUUAAUAUAGAUUGGAGUGAGGAUGGAGAUUCCUUGCUAGAGAUAUAUCAAGAAUUCAUCACUCGACGUAAAAAUAUAAUGGAUGUUAUUCGUUUUGCUCAUAAUAAUAAACAAUGUCUUGUCGCUUCUAAUAAGGGUGAAAAUGAAUCUGCUAUUAGAUUAUGGGAUAUUCAAGAAAAUCGUUAUGUUCGUGCUGUAAAAUUAAAUUCAGCGGUUUGUCGAGGGACUGGCUUAAUAAUUCAUCCAAAUCGUGAUCUUGUCCUUAUAUCAUGUACAGAUGGCAAAGUAUUAAUAUUUAAUUUCAAGUUAGAUACACCAUUAGCUAUCCAGCAAACUAAACAUAAGGCUCCUUCUUGUGCUUUUGAUCCAGAUGGACGUGUUCUUGUUGUUUCUACAGAAGACCAGAAAUUAACACUUUUUGAUUGCAAAGCCUAUACAACUUUUGAUACUUUCGAUUUAUCUAAACAUAUAGAGUCACAUCAAUACAUUGAACAUGUAUCUUUUAGUGUUGAUGGACGAUUAUUAUUAGUCAAAACGAAUACUGGUAGACUUCUAUCAUUUGGUUCAUUCAGAGGUGAAUUUUAUAAAGAAUACAAGCUUUCAGAUAAGAGUAGUUCUUUGUUAAAAUCUGCUUCUAUUCCAACAUUUUCAAGUGACUCUCAAUAUAUAUUUUAUGGAUUAACUGAUGCCUCUGUUGCUGUAUGGUCAGCUAACACAGGAGAGCAUAUAACGAAUUUUGUAGGUCAUGUGGGACAACCUAGAUGUUUAGCAUUUAAUCCAAAAAAGGCUCUAUUUGCUUCGGGUAAGUUUUUUUUAACUUUAAAAGUACCUUUUAAUGCUCAUACCUUUAGCUCCAUUUUAUUAGCCUGUGUCAAUCUAAUUUGGUGGCAACCAAAGCUUGAUAUUAACUAA